AUGAAUAAAACGCAAUUUAAAAGUUUUAAUGUUAAACCAAGAAAAAAAAUUAAAAAUCAUGUAGCAUCAACAUUAUUUCAUGGUGUUGUUAAAAAAAAUAAUGAUACAUUAAAUGUCAAGACAACACUUUUUGAAGUAUACAAAGAAUUUGUAAAUGAAUCAUCAAUUCAUGGAAUAAAAUAUAUUUCACUAGCUAAAACUCGUUUAGAAAGAAUAUUUUGGAUAUUUGUAUUGGUUGUAUCAAUUUUAUCUGCUGUUUUAUUGGCAAAUCAAUUUUACACAAGACAUCAAGAAGCUAAUAUGCGUACUCUAGUUAUUGAUAAUCAAUAUCCCGCCUGGAAAAUUCCAAUUCCAGCAAUAACAAUAUGCCAUCCAAAUAUAGUAUCAAGAUCAAGAGUUCAAGAUUUUUUAUCAUCAAAUAAAAAUUUUACAUUACCUGAUGGAUUGACUAUGAAUGAUUUCAUGGAUAGUUUGAAGCAGCUACGUAAUGUUUAUCAUCCAACAAUAAAGAAUCAAAUGAAGCUAAAAAAUUUACAUGAUAUUUUAGUUGUGAAUAAUAUAAGCUUGAAGGAAUUCAUGAGCAUUGCAAGCCCACAGUGUGAAGAUUUCAUUGUUGCAUGUCGAUAUGAAGGUAAAAUGAAAAAUUGUAAAACACUUAUCAAACGUUCAUUGAUAACAACUGGUUAUUGUUGUUCAUUUAAUUAUCACUACAACAAUGAUCCAUUAUUAAUAUUGAAAAUUUUCAACAGACAAUUUGUACAACCAGAUAUUUAUAGCUUCAAUUAUGGUGAACGUUUUAUUAUUUCAAUAAUGGCAAAAGGUUUACAUCAAGAUGAUAGAAUUACUAGUGAUUAUUUAGGUGAUGGUUUUAAAAUAAUAAUUCAUAAUAAAUAUAGUUAUCCUGGUACUUUAUCACAAGAAUUUAUAACAAGUAUGAAUAUUGAAGUUAUAACAAGAUUAUAUGCUAGAAGAUUAACAGCUAGUAAAAAUGUUCUUGAUAGUCCAGUUCAAGAAAGAAAAUGUUUUAAAAAUCUUAACAAAAAUAUACCAUAUAAAAUGGAAAAUUGUUUAAUUAAAUGUCGUGAAAAAGUACAAAAAGAAGAAUGUGGUUGUUUACCAUUUUAUGCAUCAACAAUUUAUUCAAAUGAUACAAUAUGUACACUUCUUGAUAUACCAUGUUUGGCUAAAAUUAAAAUUAAAGUAUUAACAUUAAAUCCAGAUAGUUGUGGCUGUUAUCCAGAUUGUGAAGAAGACACAUUUACUGUUGACACAACUUCGUUAUCCAUGGAUGUAACACAACUCAAUCCAUCAGCAUUUUAUCAAGCUUCGAAAAAUUAUACACAUGCAACAGCAAUUCAUAUUACAUUUUCUGAACAAACAUGCAUGCUACAGAGACGUGAAAUUGUACUCUCAUGGAUAAAUCUUGUUUCAUCAUUAGGUGGUGUCUUCAGUUUAUUUUUGGGCUGCAGUUUUAUUUCGUUAUUUGAAAUGAUUUAUUUUUUUGGAUAUUUUAUAUGGAAAAUAUCGAGAAAA